CCAGGAGGAAGCGCUGCUGCAUCAUGGACGCCAAUAACACGACCCACCCCGGCCAGGAGCCGCGGCCCCUGAACAUCCCCGUGGGCGUGGUCCUCAUCCUGCUCAUCGUCAUCACGGUGGCCGGCAACGUGGUGGUGUGCCUGGCCGUGGGCCUGAACCGGCGGCUGCGGAGCCUCACCAACUGCUUCAUCGUGUCGCUGGCCAUCACCGACCUGCUCCUGGGCCUGCUUGUGCUGCCCUUCUCGGCCCUCUACCAGCUGACCUUCGUCUGGGACCUGGGCCCCGCCUUCUGCGACAUCUACACCAGCCUGGACGUGAUGCUGUGCACAGCGUCCAUCCUCAACCUCUUCAUGAUCAGCCUGGACCGCUACUGCGCCGUCACCGACCCGCUGCGCUACCCGGUGCGCGUGACGCCGGCGCGUGUGGCCGCCUCCCUGGUCUUCAUCUGGGCCGUGUCCAUCACCCUGUCCUUCCUGUCCAUCCACCUGGGCUGGAACAGGCGCCACCACCGUGGGGUGGCGGCGGCGGCGACGGCGGCGGCGGGGACCCAGGACGCAGUGCGCACGUGCAAAGUGGAGGUGAACCUGGUGUACGGGCUGGUGGACGGCCUGGUCACCUUCUACCUGCCGCUGCUGGUCAUGUGCGUCACCUACUACCGCAUCUUCAGGAUCGCCCGCGAGCAGGCGCGCCGCAUCCAGCAGGAGGGCUCGUGGCAGGCGGCCACGGUGCGCGAGCACAAGGCCACGGUCACGCUGGCCGCCGUCAUGGGCGCCUUCGUGGUCUGCUGGUUCCCCUACUUCUCCGUCUUCCUGUACCGCGGGCUGAUGGGGGACGGGGGCAUCAACCAGGUGCUGGAGGCGGUGGUCCUCUGGCUGGGCUACGCCAACUCGGCCCUCAACCCCAUCCUCUACGGAGCCCUCAACCGCGACUUCCGCACCGCCUACCAGCAGCUCUUCCGCUGCAGCCUGGCCGGCCACCCGGCCCACGAGGCCUCCGUGAGGUCCACCAGCUCGCAGCUCGGCCGGACUGAGAGCCGCGAGCGCACGCGGCUGCAAGAGCAGAGCAGCGGGGCAGAGAUCGCGCCCCCGCUGGGCGCCACGGACCGGAAGCCCGCAGGGUGCUGUCCCGGGUGCUCCAGCGACCUCCUGACCUGCUGCAAGAGCCUGUGGGGGCUUCGGCUGCUCCGGCGCCACCCCCAGCGGGAGCCCCCGGAGGAGGCGCCGGGCGAGCCCCUGAACGAGGAGUCGCUGAGGACCCCCGCCAGGGCCGGGGGGGCGGACGCUGCUGCCCGCUCAGACUGUCUAGAGGCGGCCCGGUCUCUCAUCACCGCCAGCGGACCCCCCGGCGCCCCCCACGACACCCCGAGACGCAGGGCACGAGCCCGGGGGCCCGCCCCCCGCCCCCAAGUGAAGAGAGGUGCUGGGCUUCCAGGGCGCCGGGGGAAAGGAUCCUAG